UUGGUUUCAGCAAACUGCGCAUGCGUCAUAGACGUUUACCAUCAUGGCGGCGUCAGUACAAUAAUAUGAGCCAAUUUUCAGCGACUGAAAAACUUUAGAAACAUUAACGCAGAUGAGAACAUGCACAACGACAAGAAAAUAACCAAGGAAGACACAUGGAGACCUGCUGACCUGAGAAGACACAUCAGGGAAGAAGAUCGCGGUGAUCCUUAUGCCAAGAGGAGAGAUGACAAUGUGAGAAAGCACCGUGGUGGGGAAUCCAUAGAGAGACGUCACAGAGACCCGGAGAGGGAGUCCAGACGAGAAAGAGAGAAGCCCAAGGAAAGGGAGAGCACGAGAGAGAGAAGAGAUGAAGAUAAAAAAGACAGAUAUGCAGAGCGAAGGAAAGAGGGCUCGCAAGACAGGAGAGGUGACAAGGAGAGGGACCGAGAGAAGAGAAGGGAAAAGGAUAGAUUUAUAGAUGAGAACAAGCAUGGUGAUGUUUACAGAGAAAACAGGGACAGGAGACGAGAUAGAGAGGAAAAGCACGAAAGGGAGAGGGACAAGGAAAGACCGAGGGAUAAGGAGAAAGAGAGGGUGAGGGAAAGAGAGAGACACAAUGAGGAGGACAGGGACAAAAGGAGGGAAGAAAGAGACAAGGAAAGAAGAAGAGAGGAAAGGGACAGAGAGCGUGAGAGGGAGAGAAGAAGGCAUGAAGAAAGUGGGGAAAGAAGAAGAGAUCAGUCAGAAAAGCACCACAGAGAGGAGAGAGAUCGACACAAAUAUGAUUAUGAAGAAAAGAGGAAUGAUAAAGAAAUUCAAGAGAGACAUGGAGACAGGAAGCAUUCAGAACGGAAAGAGGAGAGAGAGUACAGAGAAAAGCAUAAAGAAGAGAGAGAAAGGAGGCACAAAGAGAGAGGACAUCAUGAGGAGAAGUGGAAGCAUGAUGGUGAAUCCAGGGAGCAUCGGGACCUGAAAAGGUCAGGUGAAGAGGUCAGGCAUCAUCAUAGUGACAGAGAGCGAACAGAGGGGGACAAACACAGAGAGAGAAGGCACAGAGACGAAGAAGACACAGAAAGAAAGCACAGCGAGAGACGACACAGAGAUGAAGAAGACGCAGAAAGAAAACACAGAGAGAGAAGACACCGAGACGAAGGAGAUGCAGAAAGAAAACAGAGAGAGAGAAGACACAGAGAUGAGGAAGACACAGAAAGAAAACACACAGAGAGAAGACACAGAGAGGAAGAUGAGCCUGAAAGAAAUCUCAGAGACAAAACCAACUCUAAGAAAUCAUCAUCUGACAAAAAUGACAAACCUGAGAAGAAUAUAGUAGAAACAGAGCAUCAGCAGAUUGCCAAUGAUGAAGAUUUGGCUGACCAAGAAUAUGAAGAUGAUUUUGAGGAUUAUGAAGAGGACUUUGAGGAGAUGGAUGAGAGCGCAAAUGAAGGUGAGGAUGAGAAGGAGCUGCUCCAUCCAGAGGUCGGGGAAGAGAAGGAGGAGCUCACAGCACGAAGGAAGAAGGAGAUUGAAGCAAUUCAGAGAGCCAUGGAUGAAGAGAAUGAGAGAGUUGGAAUCGUUCAGUCCAGGCAAAGUACGAGCAGAGAGGAGGAAGACGGGCCUAAAUGGUCCAAAGGCUCUGAGAAGAAUGAGAAGAGAGCUUCCCAGCGUGGAAAGUUUAUCGACUUUGUUGCUGCAAAGCAGCGUGAAGUCAGCGAGAAAGCUGCCGCCAAACAGAAGAAGCGAAGUGAAGAGCUGCUUCGUUUAAUUGAUCUGGAUUUCUCCACGACAGUCUCCCUUUUCGAUUUGCCACCUGUCAGCGAGUAUGACAUGUACAUCAGAAACUUUGGGACUGCAAACACCAAGCAGGCUUAUGUUCAAUGUAAUGAGGAUAAUGCAGACCGAGACAUCCAGACAGAGGAAAUAGAAAUGUGUGAAAAGUGGACACAGCAUCCUCCAGAGCACAGUGGAGCCUGUGGAGAUCCAAACCUUUCUGUGGAAGCAAGAGACAAAAACAUGAAUGACAUGAACUUUGAUUCCCAGCGCCUGGCAUCAUUUCUACGCUCAGCCUCGCAGGUGAUGGUUGUCCUUUUGGAGGAAGAUCAAGCUGAGAGAAAAUCGCUGAGGAAGCUUAAGUCUCAAACAGACACUUUGUCUUUCAGCGAUGGAAGUUUACAGCUCAACACUAAGUUGCCUUUCCUUUACGGUCGUCAGAUCAGCCUGCUGCACUUCUCUCAGGUCCAGAGACACACCAUGAUGUCAGUCCACAUGCCCACCUCGAAGCCCAGUGCUGUGCGCCUUGACAGCUGCACCAUCAUCUGCAUCUGGAACAUCUGGGAGCCGUCCAGACCUCAGAAGGUCCUCAUCUAUGAAUCUGAGGUCCAGUGUUGCUGUUUCAGCCCCGGAAAGGCCAUACUGGUGUUUGCAGGCACAUCAGUGGGCUCUGUGGUGCUGUGGGACCUGAGGGAGCAUGCUAGCAACCAUUACCGUUUAAAGAUAGGGGAGGAUGAGUGGACCUUCAGGCAGCCGACCUUCUCCACUGACGCAGUGAUGGCUGGCUCCGGUCAUUUGUCAUCCGUCACGUCUAUAGAAGUCGUCCCUUCCACUGUAACUGGAGCGAUAAGGACAGAGGUCCCACUUUUGGCAUCUGAGGAAGAGUCGUCGGGGCUGUCAUUCCAGUUGGCUUCUCUGGAUGAAAGCGGGGUUUUAAAUUUCUGGGUGGUGGUGGAACUCCCCAAAGGCAACGAGGCAGGCUCUCCAACAGAUCUAGGGCUCCGGCCUGGGGGCAAAGUGAAGUUGCUUCACAGCUCAUCCCUCCUCACUGCUGAGAGGGCGUCACCACGAGAUGCAAUGAAGACAGGGCCAUUACAGUCGCUGCUUUUAAAGUUUCUUCCAACAGACUCCAAUCAUUUCUUUAUUGGCACCAAUAUGGGUCUGGUCAACCAUGGAACGAGUCACGGUUUGAAAGCUCCACCGAAGUUCUACAGGUGUCAGGAGGUUGGACUUCGGCCUGUUGAUGUCACAUCAAUGCACUUUUCUCCCUUCAGACAACACUUGUUCUUGGUGGGCUGUGGUGAUGGUAGCAUCAGGCUGCAUGCUGUCAGCCAUGAGCAGCCGGUGGCAGAGUGGACCGAUGGUACAGCUGGUGAGCCGGUGGUGUCCCUGCAGUGGGCUCAGACCAGGCCGACGGUCUUCUGUGCGCUUGAUGCUGCCUCUAACCUCCACAUAUGGGACCUGUUGAAGAAUGACACACAGCCUGUGGUCACUGAGCGAAUGAAUGCAGAUAGGGUGACAGCUAUGGUGCUGUUUGGAGACUCAGGACAACAAAACACAUAUUCAGGAGUAGCGCUGGCACAUGAGUCAGGAAAAAUAGAAAUGCAGUAUUUCACAAGAAGUUUGACUGCGUCCAGCUCCGCAGAAGAGGAGAAGUUGGAGAGUAUGAUGACUGAAGCCUUUUGAAAUAUCACAGGAUCCGCAUUUGAGUUACUCCAAAAGAUUUACUGCAUUUUAAAAAUCCAGAAGAACAUAGAGAACAAUUAGUGAAUAUGUUGUCACAGCCACUUUGAAUACUUUGUUUGUUAGUUAGUUUGUUUUCUUUUUUCUUAAAUUAAUGGCCCACGGCCAGAAAAUUAACUCUAUAAAAAGAAUGUAGUGACAUACCAAAGAUCCUAAACAAGGGUCAAUGUAUUCAACAUCAUAAAUACAUUCUAAGAAAUAUUUGUACAUGUUUGCUGAUGUAAAUAUUUAUACUUUUUGACUAUAUAAAAUAUUUCUAUGGUGUUAACAAGUUUAAUUUUUAUACAAUAAACCAAUGUCUGUGCUGGUGUUA